AGCGGAGCCGAGGGUCCCCGAGGCGCUGCGGAGCUGGAGAGCCCCCGGGAGCCGUGUCCCGGCAGCGCCCCGCGCAUCCCAGAGGCACCAUGAUCCCCAGCGUGGGCCCCCGGAGCUGCUGCCUGCUGCUGCUCCUGCUGCUGCUCUGCCUCCUCCCCUGGCCGCAGGUCCGGGCGGGCAGGGACGGCGCCGGAGUGUCCGGGGUGUCCGCAGCCUCCUUCCUGCAGGAUCUGCUGCAGCGCUACGGAGAGAGCCAGAGCCUGAGCCUCAGGCAGCUCAAGGCCCUGCUGAACCGCCUGGAUGUGGGAGUGGGACACGCCAAUGCCUCCCAAACACCUCAGCAGCGCCUGAACCUCUCCCGGUGCUUCAGCUCCGUGGAGCUUUUUGCCAUCCACAACCUGAGCGAGGGCUCCCCUGUGGGGCACAGAGAGUUCCAGGAGUUCUGCCCCACCAUCCUGCAGCAGCUGGAGUCGGGCGCGUGCGCCUCCGAAAACCUGGAAAACGAGGAGAAUGAGCAGACAGAGGAGAGCAGGCCCAGCUCAGCUGAAGUCUGGGGUUACGGUUUCCUCUGCGUCUCCGUCAUCUCCCUGUGCUCGCUGGUGGGAGCCAGCGUGGUGCCCUUCAUGAAGAAGACCUUUUACAAGCGGCUGCUCCUCUACUUCAUAGCUCUGGCGAUUGGAACUCUCUACUCCAACGCCCUCUUCCAGCUCAUUCCCGAGGCGUUUGGAUUCAACCCCCAGGAAGAUUAUUACGUUUCCAAAUCCGCCGUGGUGUUCGGCGGCUUCUACCUCUUCUUCUUCACGGAGAAGAUCCUGAAGAUGCUCCUGAAGCAGAAGGACCAGCACCACCACGGGCACAGCCACUACGGCCCCGAGGCUCUGCCCUCCAAGAAGGACCGGGAGGAGGGCGUCACGGAGAAGCUGCAGAACGGGGACCUGGACCACAUGAUCCCACACAUCACCAGCGACCUGGAGUGCAAGCCCCCCUCCGGGGAUGAGAAGGCUGUGGUGGGCUCCCUCUCCGUCCAGGACCUGCAGGCCUCCCAGAGCGCGUGCUACUGGCUGAAGGAGGUGAGGUACUCGGACAUCGGGACGCUGGCGUGGAUGAUCACCCUGAGCGACGGCCUCCACAACUUCAUCGACGGCCUGGCCAUCGGCGCGUCCUUCACCGUGUCCGUCUUCCAAGGGAUCAGCACCUCCGUGGCCAUACUCUGCGAGGAGUUCCCACACGAGCUGGGGGACUUUGUGAUCCUGCUGAACGCUGGCAUGACCAUUCGCCAGGCGCUCUUCUUCAACUUCAUCUCCGCCUGCUGCUGCUACGUGGGCCUGGCCUUCGGCAUCGUGGCCGGCAGCCACUUCUCCGCCAACUGGAUCUUUGCUCUGGCUGGAGGGAUGUUCCUGUACAUAGCACUGGCUGACAUGUUCCCUGAGAUGAACGAGGUGAGCCGGGAGGACGAGCAGAACGGCAGCGCCCUGAUCACCUUCGCCAUCCAGAACGCGGGGCUGCUCACGGGCUUCACCAUCAUGGUGCUGCUCACCAUGUACUCGGGGCAGAUCCAGAUAGGGUAGGACCAGCCUGAGCUGCAGCCCUGAUCCAAUUUUUCCAUGGGUUUUUUUUUGGGGGGGAAAGGGGUUUUGGGUUUUUUUUGGUUUAUUUUCUUUCCUUUUCUGGCUGCAAACAUACGACGGUACCUGUGCGGGCACUGACGUCACACUACAGGAGAGACAUUGCUUUGAAAGCUAUUCCAUGGAUUUUUUUUUUUUUUUUUUUCCCCCCUCUGGUUUAAGGCUGAGGGGAGUGGAAUUCCCCUUCCUAUAGGACUGACCUGACUUUUUUCCAGUGUCACAUCCCUCCUCUCCUCGCCUCUCCCAGGAAGGAUGGAAUGGGGAGACAGGAGCUGCUCCAGCGGUGCUGCUCCUCUUGUUGUGCUCGGAGCGUUCCCAUGACGCUGUCCUGACCCCUCUGGGGGUGUGGGAUGGGGACAGGUGGGGACAGACCCUUCUCAGAGCGUUCCCCACCAGCCAGCCCUCAGAGCUGUGCUCUCCGAGGAUGAGGAUGUUCACGAUGUCACCAUCAUCCGACUGCUUUCGCAUCGCUCCGGCCCGGACGCUGCCCUGGCAGGAGCGGGGUGAAGAGGGCAGGGGUUUCAAAGCACAUUUUGGGUGUCAGUGCUCAGAGCAGAGCACACCAAACUGGGUUGGAGUGACACUUGGGCUGCUGGGAGAAGCCUGCCAGGAUGCCCUGAGCCCUCGUUCAGUCCACGCCGCUGGAAUCACGGGCAAAUCCCAACUCCUCCUCCGCGAGGGCUGCUGAGAAGGGGAUGAGAGCAGAGCCCUGCCCGCCGCACGCUCCAGCCCAGGGAUUCUUCCUGAGGCUGUGUCCGAGCUUACGGCGACACCUGGGAACAGCCACUCAUUUUUAAACAGUGCUGAGGUUCAGGGUGGGGUGGGGGUGUUUUUAAAAGCAAAACUCGGACUGUGAACCUCUUGAGGCUGCGUGUUCCCAGCCUUAGGGAGUAGCCGGAGGCGGGUGUUCCAGGCACUUCCCAGCUCUGCCUCUGGGCUGGCGUUCCCCAGAUUCACUAGGUGAAUUACUUAUUAUCAUAUUGAUAAGGUUGCCUGCACCCCACCCAUGUCACUCGAGGUUCCCUCGCACCCCUUUUGCCCCCAGACCCCUCGUCCUGUACCUGGUGUGAGCUUGUGGCCGUGUGGAUUCGGGGGAAUCCCUCGUGGCUUGGCGCUGGGUGGGGAUGGAGGAGAGGUGCAGGAGUUUUGGAAGUGUUGGUGAAGUGUCCUGCUUCACUCCCCACCUGUGUGCAGGUGUGUGGGGUGUGACAGGGUGGUGGCACGCGGUGACACCGUGCUGGAGCUGAGGCUCCCACACCUUCCCUUCCCUUCCCUCCCUGAGGCUGUGCCGUUAUUCCUGCCCAUCGCAGGACAGAGGGAUGUCAGCCCCUGGCACAGGCUCAGCACCCCUGGCAGUGUUGUGCCCUGGCUGGAUGGCUGUAAUCCAAGAAUUCCCGUGGUUCCCAGCUGGGUGAUGUUCUUCCUAAGCUCCCAACAGCUGUCACCGAGCCCGUGGCCUCUGGCACUGCCAGGAUCCUCAUGGAUCAUCACCUGCGCUCUCGGUGGCUUUUCCAGUCUGGGCGUUUGUCCCCUCAGCACCGCCCGGCUCUUGGCUUUGUCCUGCACCCCAAACCCUAAAUACCAAACUUCUGGAGGAGCAGGGAGCCUUUUUGGGAUCAGCCUUCACCCGAAAGGUGCCACACGCUCCUCGGGUGAUUCCCUCGAGGAGAGACGGGCUCCGCUUUGUCCCGUGUGGUGUCUCUUGUGGAUUGUCACCAUAAGUCACUUUUCCCUCGGGGACGGAGCAGCGUGAGCUGUGCUGGCUCGGGCAAUCAUUCAGCACCUCGCAGGCAUUCCCUGUGCUGCUGAUUCCAGGACAAAAGUGCCGUUGGGAUCGCUUUUUCCUUGCUUGAGAGAGCCGCAGCCGCGGCCGACUGACUCGAUGUGGAAAAUCUGAGUCCUUUCACUUGGCCGCAGGUGCCCUCUCCUCUCUCUCAAGGAAGCACUCGGAAAACACCGUGUGGCUGGCAGGGCACGGGGCACCAGGCUGCAUCCCCGCUGGAAAAACCUACGGGGGACAUCGAGGGGUUUGUCCCCUCUGGACUGUGCUGGGAAGUGGCAGAGAGCACGGCUUGGCUUUAUCGAGAGGGUUCACUGUGGGGAUCACGAGCCCGACGUCUUCUCGUUUGGAGUUUAUCCCCGUUCCCUGAGAAAUCUGCAACCCGGAGAUUUGGGAUGCGAGGAAGGAGGCUGCCCUGCCGCCAAGGAGAGCCCGGCUGGGCAGGCUGGCACCUGCCAGCGGCAAAGGGACGGGAAUUCACCCAAAUCGAGCUCUUUCCUUGUGGAUUUUCAUCCGUGUUCUCCUUCCCCUCGUCCGCUUGGAAGCUCAAGUUCCAUCUCAGUAUUUCAAUUAUAACUCAGGUGUUGCAGGGAGGGAACGCGCCGAAAACAAAGAGCGUUAACUUAGGAAAAAAAAAAAAAAAAAAGUCACGCGAACUGUACAGAUAUUUGUAAAAAUCCGUAAAUAAAGAUAUAUUCUGUAAUGAGGGCAGGGUGCUGCGGGGCAGUGAAAUCCUCCCUGCUGGCUCAGGGAUUUUUGCGAGGGGAAGGAUCG